GUCAAAUUUAUUCGACCUCAUAAUUUUUUCUGUGAUAAAGGCUGGCUGUAGUUUUUUUUAACUGUACGUGUGAUGUGGUCUUGAAAAAUUGAUAAACUUAUUUAAAAAACACUGCAUGUUAGAAUGUUGAUUGUGUGUAUGUUUCAAAGAGUGGUGAAAAUUUAUUUUGAACAUUAUAGGCAGUAAGUUCAGUGUCAUUGAAAGAUCACGAUGCGUAUCGGUUUUGUGUUAUAUUGGUGCGUAUUUGCUCUUCAUCUGUGUAAAGCGGAUGAUGGGGAGCGGACAGAAUCGAAGGACACUGGCCGAAGGAUGCAUUGGGGCCCUGUAUCGAGAAGUAGUUCAUUUAUGAGCGACUCGGCGGCUGCAGCGUCAAACGAACUCAUAUUGCUGGAGGCGUGCCACAACGAGCCCUCCUGCCUCCAGGACCACGCGGGGUUGGAGGCGAUCACGCAGCUUCACCGGCAGCUUGAUGACGACGCAAACGGCAACGUCGACCUUAGUGAGAGUGAUGAUUUUCUCCGUGAAGAGUUGCAAUACGACAGCGGCUAUGAGAAGCGGCAGCGGGCCUUCCACCACAACGACGAUAUGCACAUAUCCGUCAAAGAACUGUGGGAGGCGUGGCUGCGAUCUGAGGUGCAUAACUGGACGGUAGAACAAACAGUUGAAUGGCUGUCGGAAUCAGUGGAUCUGCCACAAUAUAAGGCUCUUUUCCUACAGCAUCGCGUCACUGGUGCAACAUUGCCAAGGCUAGCGGUGAACAAUAUGCAGUACCUGAGCAACGUGCUGGGAAUAAAGGACCCCAUACACAAGCAGAAGCUCGCUCUAAAGGCGAUGGAUGUCGUGCUCUUCGGUCCCCCUAAAGAAGGCAGUCGAUGGAAGGACUGGCUCCUCGCGUCGCUGCUGCUGUGCGCGGUGGUCGGCGGUUGGGCGGCGCUGCGUGCGGGCCGCGCGAGCCGCGACCAAGUGCAGCGCAUGCUCAGGGACAUGGAGCAGCUGAGGAAGGCGGAAAUGGCGCUCGAUGAUAUGCAAAAGGAGCUUGAAAAGGCGAGGCUGGAACAGGAAAAUGCAACAAAGGAAAAGCAGCACUUGGAAAAGACACUAAGAGAAGCGGGAGAUACACCCCUAUUGAACUCUACCUCGUCGGAUCUCGAAGUAUCACAGCUGAAAGGUGAAAUUGAAAUGUUGCGCGCGGAGCUGCGGCGUGCAGAAGGUGAACUGGAGGACCGGUGCUGGGCGCCGCCCCCCGGCCUGCAGCAGUGGCUGCAGCUCACGCAUGAGGUGGAGAACCGCUCCUACCUGCGCAAGAAGCAGCAGGCCGACCUGCAGCUGCAGCAGGCGCGCGACGCGUGCGACAAACUGCGCAAGAAGCGGUCGAGUCUGGUGGGCGCGUUCGUGUCGACGCACGGCAAGUCCAUCGACGACGUGGACCGGUCCAUCGUGGAGGCCAGGACCGCGCUCAACGAAGUCACGCAGGAGUUGCAGGAACGAAUGCAUCGCUGGAAGCAAAUCGAGAGACUCUGCGGAUUCAAUAUAAUCAACAACAACGGCCUACAAUUCCUCGAAAGCACCCUAUACCGGACCGCUAACGGCCGACAGCCUAACAGAGGCCGUAUAAGCAGUUCGCAAGAUGACCUGAGCGUCGGCGACGACGUGUCGAUCUGCGGCUCCGUAACGGAUAACUUCGGGUGGAAGGAAGAUUCUUCAGGUAGCGAGGCGGACGCACCACACUAUCCCUUGGAUCUAAGACUUGCGGAAGCAAGGCUACAAUUAGAAGAGCGUCUAGCGCAAGAAGCGCGAGAGAGACGCAUGGAUGAAAGAAGAGAAGACAGAAAAGAAGAUAGGAGAAUAGCGGAAGAGUGUAAGAGAGGGUCUUACAGUGACGUCAGGAAGAGUCCCACGGAGGACCGGAGGAAGGAGCCCGUACACUUUAUAUUGGGAGGAGAUAACGUGAACUGGACGGGCGAGGACCUGACGCGUGCGUCGCACUCGCAGUCGCAGCCGCAACUGCGCGCUGCGGCCCGCACCGCCCCCCUCCCCCCGCCGCGCCGGCCCCUCUCCGCCAUCGCGCGCUCCCGCAGCACGGACAUCGUCCCCCACGCCCCCAACCCCGCUAACCCCGCCAACCCCGACGACCCCCGCGCGCCCCGCCCCUUCACGCGACAGAAACCCGUGCCUGAACAAACGGAACACUCCAACACGCCGGAGGAGGAGUCUACGGACUCGUCGCUGAUGGAGGACGAAGGUGUCGCCAAGCCGAGGAAGCGUCGCAUCAACCUGCCGUUCGGCAAGAAGGCGAAGACGCCCGCGUGACGCAGCCCCGCGUGGACCCGGCUCUUUCCUCCCGGUAGGUAGGCGGCGGUUGUGCGCCCGCAUCGGUAGUCGCUCUUCCAAGUCUUCCGCGGUGAUGAUUAAUAAAAUGUCGUUGUAAAUUUGAGUGUUUCGCCUUAAUUUUUUUUAGACUACCGAUCCGGGCCCAUAGUUUCGACUGAGUGCGCCCGAACCCGCUUUAUCCGCGAGACUGUCGAAUUGUAUAAUAUCGUUCAUUGUAUGAUGUGUCUCGUCGACGCAGAUGUGUAGCGCGUUUUUAGAUAAUUGAUAUUAUUUUAGUGUACUUAUUGUGGAAUCGAUCGCUCCCGUUGAUUUUUCGCGCCGUAUCGCCCCUAGACUUAAAAUGGCGUGAUUUUUCUUUGUAGAAGCGCGUCAAUCCACGUUUUAAAUGAAAUCAAUAUAUUUUUCCUACUUAGAGUUUAAUUUUAAUGAUCUUUCUUGUUUAUGAAAACUUUUGUAAAUUUUGAUCCAUUUUGUGUGUAAUCGUUUUAAGUUGGAAUGUUUGUUUCGAGUUCCAUGUUUAUUUAUUUAUUAUAAUAGAAAAUAUUUCUGAAAAAUUCUAAAUUAUUUUGAGUAUUGCCAAGUUUUAAAAUGUUUGGUUUUUCUUUUUUAAUCUCGUUU